UGCCGUUAUUUAGGCAGUGGCUGCCGUUGAGGUCCCCAUUUGUUUGUUUAAACAAAUUACAGUUUUUAACUGCCUCAGGAUGUCGGAGGUCCGCAUUCGCCCGCGCCAAGUUCUCGUGCUGCUCAUCGUCUUCCUGGUGGUGCUGAUGAUGGUGCACCGGAACGGGAAGCGCACCUGCCAGGGUCCAGAGUACCUCCAGGCCAUGUUUGUCCAGGCGGACACGUUACCCACGAUCUACGCCGUAACGCCGACGUACCCACGGCCCGCCCAGAAAGCGGAGCUGACCAGAUUGUCACACCUAUUUAUGCUGAUGCCUCACCUGCACUGGAUCAUCGUGGAGGACACGAACGCCACCACCUCGCUGGUGAGGAAUCUGCUCAAGCGGUCCGGCCUGGAGAAGCGGUCCACGCAGCUAAACAUCAAAACCCCGCCGGAGUUCAAGCUGAAGGGCAAGGACCCCAACUGGAUCAAGCCCCGCGGCGUGGAGCAGAGGAACCUGGCCCUGGCGUGGCUCAGGGAACACGUCGAUGUCGACCGGCACUCCAUAGUAUUCUUCAUGGACGACGACAACUCAUACUCCACUGAGCUCUUCGCCGAGAUGAGCAAGAUCCAAAGGGGCCGCGUGGGCGUCUGGCCGGUGGGCUUGGUCGGCGGCCUGAUGGUUGAGCGACCGUUGCUCAACGAGGACGGCACCCAGGUGACGGGCUUCAAUGCCGCCUGGCGGCCGGAGAGACCCUUCCCCAUCGACAUGGCUGCCUUCGCCAUCAGUAUGGACCUGUUCAUCCGGAAUCCGCAGGCCAUGUUCUCGUACGAGGUGCAGCGGGGCUACCAGGAAAGCGAGAUCCUGCGGCACCUGACCACCAGGGACCAGCUGCAGCCGUUGGCCAACGGUUGUCGGGACGUCCUCGUCUGGCACACGCGCACCGAGAAGACCAAACUGACCGCCGAGGAGGCGCUCCUAAAGAAGGGCCAGCGGUCCGAUGGCGGCAUGGAGGUCUAGUCCCCUGGAUUUGACUGUAAAAACUCUUAGCCAACCCUUCGCCUAGUGAAUUUAUUUACUGUGUUCGUCUCAACAACAAUCUGGGGUGUCACCGAAUGCUCUACACUUACGUUACCUAGUGGUAUCAUCAAGUUUAUUUGCUUUAGCGAUAAUACCUCAUGAUCAUUUAAUCUUACUUUAAAAAUUGGUGUUGGCAAAUAAUUUUUAGUUCAACUCGAUUAUGUUAAGCACAAAGUCAAAACAAAGGUUUUUUCUUGGAGAUGUGUUUAGUGCAAUUCAACCAUGUAUUUAUGUAUAAUUUAUCAAAGACAGAUUGCAUACGAAAAGAGUAUUACAAACCAAAUGAGAUUCAUGUGACACCCCCGAGUAUUAGCGCAAGUUUCAUUUAUGAAAUACUACUACUAGUUGUACAAUGCUCAAAUCAAAGUUGUAACAUAUCUGUUUAGGAUAGUCCCUAGUCUAUCUGCAGUAUGGUCUCCGUGGGGUCCUAUGACGCGUUGCCUAAUUAACUUACCUCGAAAAAGUUAGUUCCAUUUUGUGCCUCCUGACAAUACUUUGAUGAUAAGUACUCUUUAAUUAUUCCCCCAUUAUUGUACUAUACCCCAACAGCAAUUGUAAAAACCUGUUUUCCUUGUGUGCCUCCUGUUAAGGGCCAAUAAAAUUGAUCACAAUAAUAGUGCUAAAUUAAA